AUGGAUGCACUUUUCUGUAAAGAACUUUCUUUUAACCGUUUUAUUUUGGUUUCAGGCAAAAGUGAAAUCUGCAAGCUACCAAUUGCGCCAGGAAACUGCAAAGACCGAUUUGUAUCGUGGGGUUACGAUGCCUCAAAAGGUCAUUGUGUUCGUUUCGUCUACACCGGUUGCGGCGGCAACGAUAACCGAUUCAGAACUAAUGGAAUAUGCAAACGCGUUUGCGUAGAUCAUUCAACCAAGAAGAAACACUAA